GUGGCAUAUGCGGCAUGUGAAUUUGAUUCUUUGGCGGAUUCGAUUUGUCGUGGUAAAGUAUAAUAACUACCUAACUCGCUCUCAUUCAUUCACCACACACACGAAGCUAACUUUGAGAAACAAACUAAACCAUGGCUACUUCCGAGAAUGCCGUCGAAAGCAAGAGUUCUCUUACCAAACUUGCUCCAAUUGAAGCAGUGUUGUUUGAUAUAGACGGAACUCUUUGUGAUUCUGACCCAAUCCACUAUUAUGCUUUUCGUGAAAUGCUUCAAGAGAUUGGUUUCAAUGGAGGCAAUCCUAUAACAGAAGAAUUUUUUAUUGCGACUGUUGCUGGCAAGCACAAUGAUGACAUUGCUUUGGAUCUCUUCCCCGGUGAUCGGGAGCGAGGUUUAAAGUUUGUAGAAGAUAAGGAAGCCAUGUUUCGGAGAUUAGCAGCUGAGCAACUGAAGCCGUUGAAUGGUCUUGAUAAAGUGAGGAAAUGGAUUGAAGAUCGUGGAUUGAAGCGAGCUGCAGUUACCAAUGCUCCAAGACCAAAUGCAGAACUCAUUCUCUCAAAGCUUGGUCUCUCAGAUUUCUUUCAUGCUGUUAUUAUUGGUGAUGAAUGUGAACAUGCCAAGCCUCAUCCAGAACCCUACUUGAAAGGUCUUGAAGCUCUCAAAGCAUCUAAGGAUCACACAUUUAUAUUUGAGGAUUCUGUUUCAGGAAUCAAAGCUGGUGUGGCUGCAGGGAUGCCUGUUAUAGGUAUAUCUACUCGAAACCCAGAAGACUUGCUUAUGGGAGCAAAACCUGCCUUUUUGAUUAAGGAUUAUGAUGAUCCAAAACUGUGGGCAGCAUUGGAAGAACUUGACAAGUCUGGUUCUCAUUAAAAUUUUGAAUUACUAGUCCAAUUGACAUAAUUUCUUGAUAAAAACAAGUAGCAGGUUUCAUAUUAAAUUCACCGGAUCACCUGUAUAAUUUUGUUGCAGGGGGGGUGAUAUUAUUAUACUAGUCCAUAAUCAGUGUUGCUUUGAAAUCGAGCAAACAUUAGUUUUAUUUGUAUUUUGUAAUAAUGUGAUAGUUGGCUAUGAUGGUCAAUGCCAAGGAAUUGCAAUGCAAUACACGUGAGAGAUAGUGAGGGAGGAAGGGAGGGAUUUUAAUACUCUUCCAUUAUUCAUUACACUUUAUAGAUUAUGAUUUUUGCUCAA